UCUUAUGUUUGUAUCAAACGAACCUAAAGGUGGUGAAGUUGAAAAUAAUCAUGGGAUUUAAAAUGGAAUUUGUGUCAUUUUUGAGAGUAUAUGUGUUAAUUUGUGUCCUUAUCAAUUAAAUAUCCAUACCGUAUAAGACCUUUUCUGCUCUAUACCUUCAAGCAGAACUUGCAUCAUGCAUGAAAGUGAAAACGAAAUUUAAAUUAAAUAAAAGUUGAAGUAAGAUUUUGAUUUCAGUUUUUAUGUCAUUCGGUUGUUUAUGGGCGUAUAUAUGUGUUCAUAUAAGCAAAUACAGAGUUUGAUAUUGAGGCCUGUGAUUUUAGUAUAAAUAUUUUUCCUUUAGUUCUAAGUAAAAAUAUAUAUGGAAACCAUGGAUGAUAUCAACUUUGUUGUGUUGAAGAUAAAUGGUGUGUGCGUAAAUAAUUUAACACACGAUGAAACUUCUAAAAUGUUCCUUAAUACUGAUGGCGACAAAUCCGUUUGUAUUGAAGUUCGCCAAAGAUGUGGUACACCAUUUGAGAAACUCUACAAUAAGAGUCAGAAACCUGAAAAUAUUUUUAAGGACGUAAGAGAUCUGGAAAUAAAUGCACCACAGAAAUUUGAUGAGAUUAAAGAUAAUAUAAAUGUUUCUGACGUAACUCAAAUGCACAAUGAAAAUAGUUUUUCCGUACUUAAUAACAUUAUAUUAACAUUGAAGCCAUUGAGUUUAAAUUUGGAUAUAAAAUCAGAUUCAAUUACUUACGUUUCAAAAUAUACUCAAACGGAAGAAAGCAAAUCCUUACCGGAUAUAAAUAUACAAGAUCAAAAACAAUCUAUUAUAGAACAGUGUAUGGCACCAGAAAUUUACAUUGAGGUAUGUAUCUACUAUGUAGAAAUAUAUGUAUAUUAAUCUCAGAGAUUAUAUAAAUGGCGUUUCCAAAUAAUGGAAAAAUGCAGUAAGAGACUAUGCUUAAACACACACUCCAUAUUAAGAGUUCCAAAAUAAACAUCACCAAUAUUAUAAGAAUACAGUAUAAACAAUUUUUUUUUUGUGUUGUUGCCUCAGAUAUCGAAUAUCAAUAAA